AACGACAUUGUUUGGCAUCUCUCCCGCCGCAACGACUUGCUCUCCCAGCCUCAGCGCCUCUCGCUUUGGAUACUUUAAUCUACAUAGUAGUAGGAGCUUCGCCUUCGUUACCUCCUCUACUAUCACACUCGCUUUCGCAGAAUCAUCAACAAGCACCAAGCCGCACUCCUAGGCCCCGAGACCCAGGCCCUUCGCAACACACCAGUCUCGUCAUAUAAAGGGAAAGACACCAAGGGAAACAUGGGGUUUGGGAAUUUCACUGAGAUCUGCACUCGAGCAGCGGUGCCAUUAUGUUCAGUUGUAGGCAGCAUCUCUACCAUCGCCGGCUCCCACGGCGUCGAAGCAGACUGCUACGCCCGGAAUAUCGACGUGGCCAACACCAUUAUAUUCCAAGGCGCGACCUGCAUAAUACACAUCAUAGCCUUGGUUAUGUGCGUUAUUAUGAUCUUACAUAUCCGGAGCAAAUUCACAGCAGUUGGUCGCAAGGAAAUCAUUUUCUUCUUCUACAUCUACAUGGUCUUGACGUUUCUAUCCCUUAUCCUCGACGCGGGCGUUGUGCCUCCUGGAAGUGGUGCCCAGCCGUACUUCAUCGCUGUGCAAAAUGGCUUUACCUCUGCACUCUGCGCUUGCUUGCUCAUAAAUGGCUUUGUCGGGUUCCAGUUGUAUGAGGAUGGUACUACGUUAUCCGUCUGGCUUCUCCGAGUCGUGACAUCUGCGAUGUUCGUAGUCACCUUCUUGGUCUCGUUGGGGACGUUCAAGGGAUGGUCAGGUCUUGGUCCGACGAAAGGCGUGGGCCUUUUUGUUGUGCUGUACCUUGUAUCUGCGAUUGAGUUGUUCAUAUAUGUUGUGAUGCAAAUCAUUCUCGUCGUCAACACACUUCAGGACCGCUGGCCACUAGGGGACAUCGCUUUCGGCGUACUCCUCUUCGUUGUUGGCCAGAUCAUGAUGUAUGUGUUCGGUAACCAGAUCUGCGAAGCUGUAGAACAUUACUUGGACGGCUUAUUCUUUUCUACUCUCUGCAACUUAGGUGCAGUCAUGAUGGUCUACAAGUACUGGGAUUCCAUCACCCGCGAGGAUCUCGAAUUCUCCGUCGGCACCAAGCAAAACAACUGGGAAGUUAAAGAACUGCUCCCCGAGGACGAUCACGGAGAGUACCAAGAGACAGAAUAUUCAAGCACGAUGUAUAACAAUGCCAACCAUGGAAGGAAUUCAAAUUACGGAGGUUUUACAUACUAA